AUGGUAAAUUCAACUUUAAAUUAUUUCAUUCUUGGAACUUACAUCCAGGUAGGGCCUUUAAGAUAUUUGUAUUUCCUGUUAACUUUAAUGUUAUACAUUGUCAUAGUCAUCAUCAACAUUGGUGUCAUUGUGGUUAUCUGCAUGAACAGAAGCUUACAUGAACCCAUGUACCUUUUCCUCUGCAGCCUGUUUGUAAAUGAGCUGUUUGGUAGUACAGGGCUGUUUCCAUUCCUCCUGGUUCAGAUCCUCUCAGACAUUCACACUGUUUCUGCUCCACUUUGUUUCCUGCAGAUUUUCUGUUUGUACACUUAUGCAAAUAUAGAGUUUUCUAACUUGGCCGUCAUGUCUUAUGACAGAUAUCUUGCCAUCUGUUGUCCUCUACAAUAUAACACACGUAUGACAUUUAACAAGGUGGUUACCUUUAUUGCGGUAAUAUGGUUUUAUUCUUUUGUGAAGUUCUUAAUUACUUUAUCUUUAAACAUCCGUUUGAAUUUUUGUGGAAACAUCAUUAACAGUCUGAUUUGCAGUAACUACCUUGUUGUUAAGUUGGCGUGUUCUGACACUCAAGUGAACAACAUUUACGGACUUUUUGGUGUGGUUCUCUCUAUUUUAGUCCCCCUGGUUCCAAUCCUUUUCUCCUACAUGAGGAUCCUGAAGGUUUGUUUCUCUGGUUCUAAACAGACCAGACAGAAAGCCGUCAGUACCUGCUCACCUCACCUCGCUUCUCUGCUCAACUUCUCCUUUGGCUGCUGCUUUGAAAUCAUUCAGAGUAGGUUUGAUAUGAGCAGUGUACCGGGAGGGCUGCGUAUCGUCCUCUCUCUGUAUUUUCUCAUCAUACAGCCUCUUUUGAAUCCCAUCAUGUUUGGAUUGCAAAUGUCACAGAUACGAAAUACAUGUAAACAUGUCCUAUUGACUUGUUACAGAGAUACUGUAUAGAUAAAAUCUGAAAAGUUUCAGUCUACAUCUUUUUCUAAAGUGUUGUAGCCUGUUGUUUCUGCUUCCAUAUUAUAUUAUGUGAACUAAAAUAAUUCAAUGAAUUUUUAAUGCAUAGAAACCGUUACGUGAGCUUAAAGACGACUCAGUGGGGAGAUACGGAAUACAUGUAAACAUGUCCUAUGUCAUACAAGGUUGAAUUGUUGCAGA